CUUUCUCCCACCUUUUCCCGGCACCGCGGGAAAAGCAGUGCAGGGCGCAGCAGGCAAGGGAAGGCAGCCGGAGCCGGGGCACGGAAGCCUCCGAGUCAGUUCAAGACCCGACAUGAGGGAAAAGGGCCGUAGGAAGAAGGGCAGGACCUGGGCGGAGGCCGCCAAGACGGUCUUAGAAAAAUACCCUAAUACACCUAUGAGUCAUAAAGAAAUUCUUCAAGUUAUCCAGAGAGAAGGGUUAAAGGAAAUCAGAAGCGGGACUUCCCCUCUUGCAUGCUUAAAUGCAAUGCUGCACACAAACUCCCGAGGUGAAGAGGGAAUCUUCUAUAAAGUCCCAGGUAGAAUGGGAGUGUAUACUUUGAAGAAGGAUGUGCCAGAUGGAGUGAAAGAACUGUCAGAAGGUUCAGAAGAAAGCAGUGAUGGUCAGUCAGAUUCUCAGAGCUCUGAGAACAGCAGCAGCAGUGAUGGUGGCAGCAACAAAGAGGGGAGAAAGAGCAGGUGGAAGAGGAAAGUAUCAUCUAGACUGUCACAGCCAUCCUCUCCCCAGUCGGGCUGCCCAUCACCCACCAUUCCAGCAAGUAAAGUCAUUUCUCCAUCACAGAAGCACAGCAAGAAGGCAUUAAAGCAGGCCCUGAAGCAGCAACAACAGAAGAAGCAGCAGCAGCAGCAAUGCAGGUCAAGCAUGUCCAUCUCCAAUCAACACCUCUCUCUCAAGACUGUCAAAGCAGCCAGUGACUCUCUACCUGCCAAACCCACCCUAUGGGAAGGAAAGCAAUCUGAUGGACAGUCAAGCAGUCCCCAGAACUCAAACUCCAGCUUUUCUUCCUCAGUGAAAGUGGACAGUUCUCUUCUAGGCUUGGGGAAGAAGUCUUUCCAAAGGUCUGACAGACUCCACACAAGACAAAUGAAAAGGACUAAAUGUGCUGACAUUGAUGUUGAGACCCCCGACUCCAUUCUGGUUAAUACUAAUCUUCGCGCACUAAUUAACAAGCACACCUUUUCACUUCUUCCUGGAGAUUGCCAGCAGCGCCUGCUUUUACUGCUUCCAGAGGUGGAUCGACAGGUUGGACCAGAUGGGUUGAUGAAAUUGAAUGGCUCAGCCCUUAACAAUGAGUUCUUCACCUCUGCAGCUCAGGGCUGGAAGGAAAGGCUCUCAGAAGGUGAAUUUACUCCUGAAAUGCAGGUGAGAAUUCGUCAAGAGAUUGAGAAGGAAAAGAAGGUAGAGGCAUGGAAGGAACAAUUCUUUGAAAGCUACUAUGGUCAGAGUUCUGGCUUAAGCCUUGAAGAUUCACAGAAACUGACAGCUUCCCCUAGUGAUUCCAAAGUAAAGAAAAUCCCUGCUGAGCAACCAAAAUCCAUAUUUCCUUCAGAGGCCUCUCCUGCUGGAAACUUCCCAUUGGUUCCCCAUUCAGAGUGUAAAGAAGAAGCAGUGCAAAUACCAUCACCAUUCAGAAAAGAAGUAGAAAACCAAGAGGAGGCACAGCCAAAUUCUACAUCCCCAGAACCCAUCCUUGCGUCAGCCAGCGAUACAAAUGAGCUUAUCACCACGAUGUCCGUCAAGUGCCCUAAAGAUGAGGGACUCUUAGAGCAGAAGCAUGUUGUCUGUGCAGAACAAGAGUCUGAGAAAGAAAAUCAAGCCACCACAACCUCUAAUUAUAACAAAAGUGAGAACCAAGAAGCUACACCCCCAAACAAAUCUAAAACUUCUGGGUUAGAAAAGCCUAUAACAAAGCCUGUGGCAGAAGCUGGUCCACUGGACCCAGAUGUGAAGAUAUCUCCAACGUCUCUUGCUGAUCAGAUCCCAGAAAGUCUGAAAAGGAAAUCUUCUCUUACCCAAGAAGAGGCUGCUAGCGGCUGGGAGAAAAGACCACGUAUCACGGAAAACCACCAUCACCAGCAGCCAUUUCAGGUCUCGCCACAGCCCUUUCUUAAUAGAGGGGACAGGGUACAAGUGCGAAAAGUACCACCCCUCAAGAUCCCGGUCUCCAGAAUCUCCCCGAUGCUGUUUUCUACAUCGCAGGUCUCUCCCAGGGCUCGUUUUCCAAUCUCCAUCACUAGUCCUUACAGAACAGGAGCCAGAACUCUUGCAGACAUCAAAGCAAAAGCCCAGUUGGUCAAAGCACAGAGGGCAGCAGCCGCAGCAGCCGCUGCAGCUGCUGCAGCCGCCUCAGUUGGAGGGACCAUUCCAGGACCUGGCCCUGGGGGUGGACACAGUCCAGGAGAGGGUGGCGAAAGGAAAACUGGUGCAGGAGGGAGUCCAGGCUCAGACAGAGUCAGUGCAACUGGAAAGGGUCCCACACUGGAGCUGGCAGGAACUGGAAGCAGGGGAGGUAUGCGAGAGCUUUUACCCUGUGGUCCCCAGCCUGAGACCCAUACACCAGGCAAGUCCCAGCCUCCUGGUGUCUCUGGAGCACAAUUACAGCAAACCUCCUCAGUGCCUACAGCACACACCAUCAGUGGAGCAUGCACAAGCCUCCCAUUACCAGCCCACAUAGAGAAACUAAACAGUGGGAAACUGAACCCCCACCAGGCAACAGCCACAGCAGCCUCUCCUUGCCACUCACAAGACCUGAGUAGUUAUAGACAGGAAAAAGCUCCUUCUCCAGAAGGGUCUGCUCUCAUCUCAACGGCUUCACCUGUUUGUUUUGUAGCUGAUGGCACAGUUGAACACAAAGCAGGUCCUAAUAAGAAUGCACCAAAGCCUUCAGCCUCAGCAAAGGCAGCUGCUUCUGCUCGACUGGAUAUGACUUCCCCCUCUGCAACAUCCUUAUUGACAACAGCCAGUUUAGAACAACUCUCUGUACCCCCAGUCAGUGGGACUGCAGCAUCUACCGGAUCAGCUUCAUCCGCAAGCACCUUGCCAGCAGCUUCUAGCCUUAAAUCCCCAGGAACUUCUGCAAAUAUGAACGGACCCAUUUCAAGACCAAGUUCUAGUAUCCCUGCUAAUAACCCUUUAGUUACUCAGCUGCUCCAGGGCAAAGAUGUUCCCAUGGAGCAAAUUCUGCCUAAACCUCUCACCAAAGUUGAAAUGAAAACAGUCCCACUGACUACGAAAGAGGAGAAGGGGGUAGGAGCAUUCCCUGGUUCCAGUGUGAUGGAAGGCAGCACCAGAGAGGAAGUUAAUGGCAGGCAGGCCUAUCUGGCUCUCCAGCAGCUGGGGAAACCCUUGCAGAGUAAGCAGCUUCCCCAGGUCCCAAGGCCAGUCUUCGAAGCUAAGGACUCUUGCAGUGACACUCACCAGUACCCAGAAGGACUAAGUAAAACAACUCAAGAUCAGCUUUUUCAGACUCUCAUCCAGAGGACUCAGAGACAGAGCGUUCUCUCAUUUGUGCCACCCUCUCAGUUCAACUUUGCUCACUCAGGUUUCCAAUUGGAAGACAUAUCCACAAGGCAGAAAUUUAUGCUGGGCUUUGCUGGCAGGAGGACAUCCAAGCCUGCAAUGGCAGGUCAUUAUUUACUUAAUAUUUCCACCUAUGGCCGGGUUUCAGAGAGUGUUAGGAGGACCCAUUCUGUAAAUCCUGAGGAACGAUUUUGUCUAAGUAGCCCCACUGAAAACUUGAGAAUCGGCUAUGCAGAUUGUAAAAACACAACUGGAGACAGCAGCAGCAGCAGCAAAGAUGAUGAAACUGAUGAAGAGAGUGUGGGAGAUGAGAAAGAGGCUGUGUCAGUGAAGGAGGAGCCCUGGGCUUCUCAGAGUUCUGGCAAGCAUCUCCACAGUGGGGAAACUCCGUCCACCAUUGAUUGUUUAGCUAGCAAGAAUGGUAAGGCUGAGGCACCGAUGAGUGAGCAAACCACUGCAGGCAAGGAGAAUUGCAUAUUCUCUAGAGGCCAAACAUUUGAUGAAAAGACCCUACCCAGAGAUUUUAUUCAGGCAGCACAUAAACAAAUGGUUCACAGUGUGAGAGGUAAGACAGUAUGUAGCAGCCCCGAAAUUUUCAAUUCUACUGCUCUUUCUCUCCCUGCAGACAGUCCCACACACCAGCCUCUACUCCUUCCACCACUGCAAACCCCCAAAUUGUAUGGAAGCCCCACACAGAUAGGGCCAAGCUAUAGAGGCAUGAUCAAUGUCUCAACCUCAUCAGACAUGGACCAUAGCUCUGCUCCACCAGGUAGUCAGGUAUCUAGCAAUGUAGGGGAUGUUAUGUCAUUUUCAGUGACGGUCACUACCAUUCCUGCUAGCCAAGCUAUGAAUCCCAGCAGCCAUGGCCAGACAAUUCCUGUUCAGGCCUUUCCUGAUGAGAACAGCAUUAAGGACGCACCUUCGAAAUGUUACUGCCGAUUGAAAGCCAUGAUCAUGUGCAAGGGAUGUGGAGCUUUCUGUCACGAUGAUUGCAUUGGGCCCUCCAAACUGUGUGUCUCCUGCCUCGUCGUCCGAUAAUAAGAAAGACUAUAACAAAUGUAAAGGAGGGAAGGGGAGGCUUAACAAGACGUAUUCUUGCGCGCUUUGGAAAUCACAGAAAUAAAGUUUCAGUUGUCUCAAGAGACAUUAAUCAGGAACGCAGAAUACAGGUCUUCAGAUUGACAGGAAAAGCACCUUGUAUAGUAAGUGUGAGUCGAGUAGGACUAUGAAUUGGUGACAAGUUUGCACUUAAGAAAAUCAUGUAAAUAUGUCACAUUUUUGUUUUAACAUUGUUUUCCAAGAAUUUAGGUAAUGAUGUGUUAACUUCACAUUCAGAUUUAUGUUCCAUUUCUUUUGACUCUGAAAAUAGUUGAGUGGUAUGCAUGGUGAAAGGAAACUCUGCCUCUGACCUUUCCUAGGGUGGGGAAAGGGAGAAUGGUCAGGAAGUGACCAUCAUGCUGAUUAUGUCUUCACAGGCUGGCUGCAGGUUCUUCACAGAUAACAUGCCUUUGUGGGAUUUAGGUCCCUUUACUUUAGGUGGAACCAUUUCAAGUGGGAUUUUUUGAAAGGUAUUCACAUCCCAGUGUUUUUGAUCCUGACAGUCCAGACUUAGCUUUUGCCUUCCGUGAAUCAGUACUGUUGUCAAGCAGAGUGUUUCCUAGUCAGUGAAUGUUAUUUAAGAAGGGUCCGCCUCCAAGGGACUCCUCUAUUAGUCUGAUCCGUGCAUGGCAUCAGUUCCAGCAAUAAUACAUCCUGACACUGCAGCAUUCAUGGGCUCCCACAGACAGGUCUGAAAUACCAGUGUAAAAUAAAAUGCACACAAGCAUUAGUGAUUGGGGUGUGUGUGUGUGUGUGAGAGAGAGAGAGAGAGAGAGAGAGAGAGAGAGAGAGAGAGAGAGAGAGAGAGAGAGAGAGAACGAACUGUGUGUCUUGUUGGCAAAGGAAUGAAACUGAAGAAACUUAACUGAACUGAAAGUUCAGGAAUUUGGAAGAGUGAUUUUAAUACUGGACACAAAAUGUUUUCCUUUCCUAUUCUAUUUCAAACAAUUCCAGGUAGAAACACUCUUUGGUGGUAACCUCUUUUCUGCUUUGACAUCCCAGGCAUGAGAUGAUGGUGCAGUGAUCUUUGCCAUCCUACCACACCACAUGUUUGCACUCACACAGAGAAAGAAGACAGUUUGCUGUUUCUGCUAGUCUAGAGUUUCUGCUGUCUGAACAGCAAGGAUGCCUGAUGUGAAAGGGCGUUAUGAGUGACUGAUCAAAUACCUGGCUGUGAAAUUUCACAGUUUUUUUUUCUUUUUGAUUAUUAUUUUUAAAAUCCUUUUCCCAGCACCCUGGAUUCAGGGGCGUACUGAUCUCUGAGUUCAGUACCAAUCUGGUCUUCAUAAUGAGUUUCAGGACAGGAUAUAAAGAAACCCUGUCUCCAAAAACAUAAUAAAUAAAGCAAAUCUGUUUUUAAAAAGAACAAAACAAAAAACCCUUCUCUAAUCGGUGGACGUGGUGAUACACACUUCAAAUCUCAGUGCUUGGGAGUCAGAGUCCCACGGGUCUCAGUGAGUUAACAGCCAGUGUGCUCGAAAGCAAGUUCAUGGCACACAAACACUGUCUUUAAAACAAAUAAAAGAACUAGUGACAAACUUUAAGCAAAUACUACUUAAAUCACUGUUAAAGACGGUUUAAGACAAACAUCAGUUCAUCCGAUAUUUUAAUAUCAAAUAGUCUGUAUUGAUUUCAAGUCUCUUAAUGUGAAGUGUGUGAUGAUGUAAUAUUGCAACCCUGUAUAGUUUCAAAAGCUAUAAAACUCAGGACAAUUUAACUGCUAAUACAUCACAGGAAGGAGACAGGAAUGUGUCUUGUCUGCCAUGUGGUGCUCACCCCUGGCCAUCACACACAUGUGCUUCCUCAGUCUUUGCUCUAAACUCUGAAACUCACUUUUUCUGCUCUUGUGGCCCUAAACAGUUACAGGCUCACAUCCUGUGUUCCAGAACCAGGCAAGACAGUAGAUGCCUUCCCAUCUUCCCUUCAUUCCAGGAAAUGCACAGCUAGUGGGAAAGAAAGGCUGCUAGGGUUCGGGGUUGAGAAGUGCGUACGUUCUGAAGUGAAGGAAGAGUAGGAAGUAGAAGCCAGGGUUCUGGUCCCAAACCUUCAGGACCAUGGAUGGUCCCCAUGGGACCUUUAAAGACCCUUAUCUGAGUAGUCACCUUGUCUUAUCCCACUGGAAGAGGGUGAGUGAUUCAGAACGGACCUCAUGCUGACAGUCAGGGGCGAGUUUGUAAUGAUGAAAAUUUUUCUACUUUCUACCUUGCUUACUAGGAAGAUUUUGCUCCCUGGUUUUCUUAGUCUGGUAUGGGUGGGCAUGAGCGAGGCAUUAGAGACUGUCAGGUCCAUUUAAAGACCACAUUGUUCCUCUCACUUUGAUCCAAACUCCAGCUGUAUAAGGCCCAAGUCUUGCUCUUCACCUGACUCCACUGAGUGACACCCUGCUAAUUUCCAUCCUGCUAUUCCAAAACCAGAACUUGCCAGCUAGGUACACUGCCUCAGACUUGACAAGAACGAAUUUUUUCUUAUAUUGAAAAUAUAUUAAAUAUGAAUCUAUUUAAAUGGUUUGUUUUAAAGCGUGGUUUCAGAUGGAAGAGGAACACUCGUAAAUGGACAGGAAAACAGUAGCUGAGCCUGGCCCUUUAAGUUGAAUUUGGUACUCCAGUACAUGCUAACACGUUUUUAAUCGUGACUUUUUUGCUAUUUUUUUUAACCUUUCAGUUAACAUGAAAAGGUUCAGUGUUUAGUUUCUUAUUUGGGCAAUUUCCAGUGAGGUUUUAAAUAUCACACCUAAUACACCAGUAUGCCCUCUCCAGCCUUAAAUCACUUCUGCAAGUCACCUCUGGGAGAGUAUUCACGAUGCAUCUUCUCAGGGUAAUUUGUAAGUGUUCUGAGUUACCUAAGAUGAACACUCCCUGAAUCAUAAAGGAUUUUUUUAAAAAAUAAUCAAAAUUCUUUGUCCUACUAAUUUAAGGGGGAGCACAAAUAACAUGGAGUUGUUUGUCCUGCUUCAGUUCCUUCACCCCUGUGGCAUUUCUUAAGAGUGAGAGCUGGCAAAUGGAGCUUUUCUUGGGGUGGGAAGGCUGCAUUUCCCUGGGUAUAGAGAUGUGGGUAUUUGAGAGAGAAUCUCAAAUGUGGAUUAACAGCCAAAGGAAGACCUCACUGCCUUCCAGGUGAAGGCACGCUGUUCCACGUGGAGCAGGCCUCAGUUACCGUUCUGUUUGCUCCAUACUGCUCUUCUCCAAGUUAGAAAACCUUCAUGAGCUCUUUGGUUAAAGGAUUUGUUAGAGUGAGCAAUUCGCCAUGGUCACAUCAUUUGUUUAGAGCUCAUUGCUGACGAGAACUGUCCGUUGUUUUCUCUCUGGCGUCACAGAACAAGAAGGAGGCUUCCCGUUGCAUUACAGCAAUGUGUACUAAGUGGAGAACUUGGCCAUGAGUAGUUUUGCAGCUCAACUAAUAGAACAGUCCAAAGAGACUUUGUGAAACAUGACGACAGGCAGGGACCUUUUCUUAUGUGUUUCAAUACCUGCAUACCUAUUGAACAAAACAGUAGGUAGACAUUUCCUAAAGUUGAAGCAAGAGCUUCAUAGAGUCUUGGUUACUUUAUUUUUUUUAAUGCUUUACAUUUGAUACAACUAUUAAAGAUCAAUUUUAAAAUAACUUUCCAGUAAUAUAUUUUAAGUAAUAUAUAUUUUAAUAUCUAUGUAAAGAGUGAGAGUGGAAGACUGAAUUUCUCAUAUAUGGUAUGUUUAAUGUAGGAUCUCAUUGCUAAGGCACAAAUUAUUUCAAAAGAGUUACUCGAAAACUACUCAGAUUAUUUCCCAACCCCCCCCCCCAAAAAAAAGGAAAGAAAAGGAAAAAUGCAAUAAGGGGAAUGAUUUGGGGACUUUAUUUUUUAUUUUAAAAGAAAAUCGACUUAUUUACCACAAGCUAUUUUUCCCUCGCUGGUGAUAAGGUUUGUACAGACUGGUUUGGUAAAUGCUCAAUUUUUGUGUCUUUUGCCUUUUUAAAGGAAUUGUUAACAUUGGAAUUGAGGGUAUGUACAGAGAAGUUGGUGUCAACGCCAUUUAAUAAGUCAUAUUUUUUCACAAAUAAGGAAAAAUCAUUUUAAUAAGAAUUUUAAGUAUUUGCAAUAAAUAUAUGUAUAUAGAUUGUA